AUGACGACAGAAGAGACUUCGCCAAGCAAUGAUCAAGUCGAGUCGUCGUCGCCCACUGAGAAGGCUUGUGACGAAGAAUGGCGCAAAUAUCGCAGCAACUUUCCCUCGAUCUCCUACAUGACCUCGAAGGAAUUAGUACAACAAGAAGAUAAAGUAAUGUUGGUGGAUGUUCGGACGGAUGCGGAACAAAAGGUAUCCAUGAUACCCAAUUCCAUGACUUUUGAGGAAUGGAAACAAAACGAACUACCAAAGCUUAUUCAGGCAGAUGCUGAUGAUUCCUCCAAGAAGGCGGAUAACAAUAAGAUUGUAUUUUAUUGCACGAUUGGAUAUCGGUCCGGAGUAGAAGCAAAAAAGUUUCAAGAUGCCUAUCCCGAUUUGAAGUUCUACAGCCUGGAUGGCAUUGUUCCGUAUACACAGUUAGGGUUACCAUUGGUUGAACGAAACCAAACGAAUAAAGAAGAGCAGCCAAAGGAAACCAAUCGUGUUCAUGUAUUUGGUCCUGCUUGGUCCAAGUUUGCCAAUCCAGAAUUUGAUGUUGUCAUCUUCUCCAAGACCAAGUUCUUGAUGGAAGGAAUAGCGGUCAAGUUCAAGCAGUUCUUUGGUGGAACCAAAUAA